AUGGGAAACCAGAAUUCGAAAGGCUCUUCUUCCACAACCAACCCGAAAGAGGAGAUUGCCGUUGCACCUCGGCCUCAGCAGCAGCAGCCGCACUCACCGCUAUUGAUCCUGAAACCGCAACCGCAGCAGCCACUACCACCAGCUUCAUCUGAGAUGCCUCUUCUCCAUCCAUGUUACAAAAGAGAAGACUAUGAGAACAUGAGCGAAGAGAAAAUAGAUAUGCUUCUAGCGACUUACGGAAUCAUGACAGUGCCUGGCGAUUUGGCUGACAAAAGACAUUUGGCUUUCAAGACCUUCUGUUGGAAACAUAAUAACAACAAAAUGUCAGAUUACGUAAAGCCUAACCAGAAAUAUACCGACGAUUGGAUGGUCGUCAACAGUCACCCCAAAUCCUAA